GCCGUGUCACUACCUGAAUCCGGACGCUUCAAGUUUUAUUUUAGGGGGGGGGGGAAUCACCACUCUGGGUCUAGAACGAGCGAGAGAACUAAAAGGCUGCUGCUGAGUGCCCACGAAGCUCAAGAAGAACCUCCCUGGAGACACAGCCCAGCCUCCCCUCCCCCGCCUCGUUCCUGGGGUAGAAGGGGCCGUGGCCCUGCGACUUUCCUGCGGGUCUUUGACAGCACGCUGCCUCGUCGGGGUCUCGGGCUCUUCUUUCCACCCCUUUCUUCGGACGUGAGGCCCAGCCACCCGGCACCCCGGCGGGCGGGAAGGGUAACACCGAGGCUCGCGCGUCGGGAGGACCCCUCCCGCCUCUCCCCCCCCCGUGGUUCCAGACAGUGGAAGACCCUCGGGGAUAAGUCGGGGUAGCGGAGAGGCCCCGCCGGCGGGCUGGCUGUGGCUCCGGAACCGGCAUCUGGAGGGCGGCCCCCGGGUGGAGCCUCCCGCCGGCCGCCCACCUGGGGCCGCGGCGCGGCCUCCCUCCCGCUCCCCGGCCGCGUGGCUUGCGGCUUGUUUUCCCAGCUGGCAAGCGUCGCGCUGCAGACAAGGGCAUGCCUGUGGUCCUGCGUGUUCCGGAGUUCCGGGGCAUCCUGAUCCUGCUCAGCCCCUUCCAGGUGCAGAAGGGUUAAGAAUGAUGAAGAAGAGGAGGAAGCGAGGCGCGCCCCCCGGCCCAUGCCGCAGCCGGAGGCCCGGCCCAGCGACAGCGCCCGCGCCGCCGCCCUCGCCGGAGCGCACGAGACCUGCAUGGACGGGCAUGGGCGUGAGAGCAGCACCUUCCUGCGCCGCCGCCCCCGCCGCCGCCGGGGCUGAGCAGUACGGCCGCCCCGGGCUCUGGCCGCCGCCGCCGCUGCUGCUGCUGCUGCUGCUGCUCGGCCUCGGGCUGCUCCACGCAGGUCAUUGCCAACAGCCAGCACAAUGUCGAAUCCAGAAGUGUACCACAGACUUCGUGUCCCUGACUUCACACCUCAACUCUGCCGCUGAUGGCUUUGACUCUGAGUUUUGCAAGGCGCUUCGUGCCUAUGCUGGCUGCACCCAGCGAACUUCAAAAGCCUGCCGUGGCAACCUGGUGUACCAUUCUGCUGUGUUAGGGAUCAGUGACCUCAUGAGCCAGAGGAACUGUUCCAAGGAUGGACCCACAUCCUCUACCAACCCGGAAGUGACCCACGACCCUUGUAACUACCAUAGCCACGGGGGAGUCAGAGAACACAGGGGAGGGGACCAGAGGCCUCCCAAUUACCUUUUCUGUGGCUUGUUUGGAGAUCCACAUCUUAGAACUUUCAAGGAUCACUUCCAGACAUGCAAAGUGGAAGGGGCUUGGCCACUCAUAGACAACAAUUACCUUUCGGUUCAAGUGACGAAUGUGCCUGUGGUCCCUGGGUCCAGCGCGACUGCUACUAACAAGAUCACUAUUAUCUUCAAAGCACACCAUGAGUGUACAGAUCAAAAAGUGUACCAAGCUGUGACAGAUGACCUGCCAGCCGCCUUUGUGGACGGCACCACCAGUGGGGGGGACGGUGACGUUAAGAGCCUUCACAUCGUGGAGAAGGAGAGCGGCCGCUACGUAGAGAUGCAUGCCCGCUACAUAGGCACCACAGUGUUCGUGCGGCAGCUGGGUCGGUACCUAACCCUCGCCAUUCGGAUGCCUGAAGACUUGGCCAUGUCCUACGAGGAAAGCCAGGACCUGCAGCUGUGUGUGAAUGGCUGCCCCACGAGUGAGUGCAUGGAUGACGGACAAGGCCAGGUGUCUGCUAUCCUGGGGCACAGCCUGCCUCGCUCCCCCUCAGGGCAGGCCUGGCCUGGCUACACACUGGAGACUGCCAGCACCCAAUGCCACGAGAAGAUGCCAGUGAAGGACAUCUAUUUCCAGUCAUGCGUCUUUGACCUGCUCACCACUGGUGAUGCCAACUUUACUGCUGCAGCGCACAGUGCCUUGGAGGACGUGGAAGCCCUGCACCCGAGGAAGGAGCGCUGGCACAUCUUCCCCGGCAGCCGUGGGGGGCGCGGGGGUUUGCCUGUUGGUCUUGGGCUCACAUGCUUGAUCCUUACUGUGUUUUUGUAGGGGUUGUUUGUUAGUUUUUGGUUUUGUUUUUUUUUUGGUUUUUGUUUGUUUGUUGUUGUUUGGUUUUUUUUUGUCUAUAACAAAAUUUUAAAUAUAUAUUGUCAUAAUAUAUUGAGUGAAAGAGUAUAUAUGUAUAUACCAUGUAUAUGACAGAUGUUUGUCCUGGAACACCAGAUUGUACAUUAUGUGUUUGGCUGUUUUCACAUAUGUUGGUUGUAGUGUUUUUUUUUGAUUGUAUCAACUUUGUUUUGAAGUUUUGUGAAAUGUUUUAUAAUGUCCCUGCCUAGGGACCUCUUAGAAAGCACUUUAUUUUUUAUAUAUUAAAUAUUUAUGUGUGUACCUGGUUAAUAUGUACAGUGCAUAUACACAGACACCACAGCAACCCAUUUGAAGGAGACCAGUUUGUAGCUACUCUGGGUGUCCCUCCUGCACUUCCCAUUGCUACUGAUUUGCCAAGGUACACAGUUCCCAAUGGAGCUGUCUCCUUUCCUUUGAAAUGUCAAUUUGAGAGGAAAGUGGUCCCCUCACUUGUAAGUACUUUUGAUUCUUAAAAUGUGGCUCUCACUAAAGAACCUUGUUUCCAACAAUUCAGUUUUUUAGAACGUGGGGACAGUAGUGCUACAGCUGCAGUCCUUGUUAUAAUUGUGACAUUUGAGCACAUAUGGCCUAUUAAGUUGACCCUUCUGAAGCUGCUGUUUGUUGACUCUGAGUCCGGUGAUGGACAUUUCAAGUAAAUUCCAGGCAUCUUACUAUACCUGAGCUAGUAGCUCUUUCUCAUCAUCUAUCCCUACGUAAAUUGUAGUUCUCCCCUCCUGUAACUCUUUAAGCAAAACCAAAUCAUCAGCUUAGUAGAGGUCAUACCUUGCUCUCCUUCUUUGUAAUUUGUAAAAAUCACUUUAACUUUCUCCUCCUUGGCUGCUUGGAAUUCUAACAGUGCUGUAUGGCUCUGCCCCAGCAUCUCCUUAAUUUCCCUCAGGAUUCCAAAUCCUGGCUGUUAGUGUUCCUCUGAUAUUGAGGUCCUGGAGUAGGCCGUGAGAACUGAAAAUCUUCCUUGGUGUACGUUAGUGCGCACUUGCCUCUGGAUGCUGUUCAGUCCUGAUGUUCAUAACUAGGCCUUGUGCUGCCCAAGUAGUAUCUGCCCUUUCAGCUCUCUGCCAUCUUGACACCUGUUGUUGAAUGUUAGGCAAUUGCACCUGUCACUUAGUGAAAUCCUGUAAGGUAAAAUCUCUCCUUGCCUUUUCCAUCCCAUUGCUGGUACCAACUGUAAAAGGAACAUGGCAAAAGUCAGUGGUGCCAGCACAGUUAACUCCUGAAUAGGUAGGUUUGUAUUGUUAUAUCUAAAUGUGAGUGUUUGGUUCCAAGAAGUGAUAUAAUUUGUGUUUUAAUAUUUAAGGUUUAAAUUAACAAAAGCAAAGAUGCAAACCUUAAAUACUCUAUAGUUAUUUAGGCUAGGGUGAUACUUUUUGCCACGUCCUGUUGGCCAGUGGCACUGACAGACUCAGGCUGGCAGGAAGAAGGAUAUUUUGUGAAGUUGUAUUUCUUAGAGAACUGAUACAAUGAAAAGGUGGGAUUGUGUGCUCAUUAGAAGGCGGCAGACUGUCACCCUGGGGCGACUCCAAAGCCACCCUGCUUCUUCCUCUUCAAGGUUGGACUCCAGCCUCACUGUGAAAGAACAUCCUAAGAAAGCUGGAUUAGGACUGAGCAGCUCUGAAGCAUGGCCACUUUUGUUCAUGUUCUUGAGCCAUGUGUCAAGAUCACUAGCUACUAGUAAUUGAGUAGAGCAAGAGAGGGAAGAUGUUGAUUAUUUAUAACCACUAUUUUUGUGCAAAUAGUAUAAAAGUAAAGCAAAAACAAAGGAAGUCUCUCCAGUGUCUGGCUUUAGAGCGUAAUGGCUGUCACCUCUAUCCUUUUGAGAACAGAACCACCAUGUCUACUCAUAGUUUGGAAGAGAAAGUUUGUUUGUUUAGCUGUAUCGUUUAGCUGGAAAGGGUGCCCGUGAGUGUACGAACUACAGCAGUAGCAUUAGUAAUAAAAUAAUAGUGUGAUGGUUUCUUCCCCAUAAUCCGUGUCCCUUUACGUCCUUUACAGAUCCCACAGAUAACUUUUAGAAAUGAAGUACGUCUGUAGAGAAGGGCCAGGUUUUCUUCGGGGUUUCUAAGGAACAUACUGCGUACAGUUGUUCCACUGAGACCAGACCAGCAUGUGUAUAGGCUACAGCUCUUCACAGGUCUCUGGAGAGAGCUUAAAACUUGGGGCAAAACACUUGGUUUUCCUAUGUCUCUACACGGCUCUUUCAGAAAAGAUUCAACAACACGUUUGCCCUCUUCACCGCGCUUGGAAACCCCCACGCUGUGCCGAGUCUUUGCAGAGAAACCUGUAGAUGUGGUUCAUAGGUGUAUGAGUAUCUGUAAAAACAGUGAGUGUGCAGUAUGUAAAUACUUUUAAGUUAUUAUGCUAGAAAAAUAAAGUUAUAGACCAUGCUGUCAAAUGUUUGUUCUGUGGUUAUAGUGACACCUGCUGGAAGAGCUGAGGAACUUCUGCAGAAGAAAAGGAGUAAGGGAGUUGAAAGUUGACAGGAUGUACUGCUUGCCCCCAGCUCAUUUGACUGCUACUGUAGUUUUUCCUUUAUAACCUUUAAACAGUUACAAAUAAAGCAGUGCCUGUGAUGCUGGCCGCUGGUCCUAAAGAUCUGUCUUUGAUGAGUAGCUUUGCCCCCUAAGGACACUGUACUUUGGUCUUUUGAAGACUCCUGGAAUGCAGCAACGUAGCAUGAUGGAAAUAUGUGGGAGGGAGGAUUUUUAUUUUGUUUUGUCUUUGAAGACUUGCAAGCCCUCGUAAACAGGGAAAUUUAUGUCAACUGGAUCAUCUGAGCUACAGAAACCAGAGGUGCAGCCCAAGGUGCGAAGUCGCGCCUGUAUAACAGCGGAGGCUACAUUCCCACAUGGCAUCCACGUCAGACAGCCAGCUUUCCGGAGACCAAGACUAGAGAAACUCCAAAAACACAGAGAGGAGACUUCAUAAACAGCAAGUGAAUUUGAGUUUUCUUAAACUGAAAACUUAAUCCUGUUAGUUGGCUGAUUUAUUUCAUUUUUUAAAAAUAUGUAUUGGUAGGACGGUCUUGGAUCACUAUAGACUUCCUCUGUAUUCCGUGAUCAAAGAACACCUCCUCACCCCCAAGAAGGUAAACAAAAGGAAGCCGUUCUAGUUCUACUUCCACUCCCUGUGUGUCUUCUAAAGGGAAAGUCAGUUUUUUUACAUUCACUCUUCUUCCCUCAGAGAACCUCUGGUAAGAUGCUUUACACUGUCAACUAAAUACAACGUGUCUCCCCACCCCCAGUGUCCUGUCAACACUUUGAAGUGGUGAUGUCUGUGUCUCCUCUCUUGUGAAUGGCUUGCACAUUGUCCUUCUUGCAACUAGGGCCGCACAUAGCCAGAGCUCAUUUUCAUUAGGAUGAUGUCAGAUCAACUGAGCAAACAUACUAAGGUAGGUCUAUCAAACUGCCAUCAGAAAAAAAAGCAAAAGUAGGGCAAUAGUUCCUAAUUGGAGGUUCUUUUCUUCAUGGCUGUCAGCCAUAACCAUCCUUCCAACCCCUAACUGGUUUCUGUUAAUGGGUGAUAUAUUUAUGAUCUAUUUUUUUUAUUCGAAAAUGAAAAGUACACCUCAAAACUUUAAAAAGGCAUUCUGUAACCAGAUCAAAUAUGUAAGACUAAAUCACAAAUGAGUUGGCAAAGUACAAAUGCGCCUGCCGUAAAUGAGCAGAUAAGCAGUCUUUACAACCAGGACUGUUUCAGGGUCUGAGACUAUAGUCAAGUGUUUGCCACACAAUCAUGAGGACCUGGGUUCAGAUCUAGAUCUAGUGGCACAGGCUAGUGAUUCCUGUUCUGGGGAAGUGAAGGCAGGAGGAUCUCUGUACUGAAUUAGUGAGCUCCAUGUUUAAUGAAAGGUGCUGUCUCAAAAAUUAAGAUAACCGGCCAUAGAGAAUGACACCCCAUAUUGACCUCUGCUCAUUACAUGUAUGUACACACAUCAACAGAACACUGCAAACACCACACACACACACACACAAAAGAAUAAUGGUAUGAGUAAGAAUGACUCCCAUACAAUAUCUGCCUGCUUGGUCCACAGUUGGAGCUUAGGAAGAAUUAGGAGGUGUGCCACUGGGAGUGGACUUUGAGGUUUAAAAAGGCCAGCCCAUUCCCAUUCUCUUGCUCUCUCUACCUCUUGCUUACGGAUCAGAUAUAAUGUCUCAGCUCCUGCUCCAGCACUUUGUUUGCCUGUCUGUUGCCAUACGCCCUGCCAUGAUUGGUCAUGGAUUCAACCCUCUGGAACUGUAAGCAAAUACCCAAUAAACUCUUCUCUAAGUUGC